GCCAUUUUAUUGGUAUCUUUGAUGUGGACAGAUCGCGACCGUUCACGCAAAAACUAUGAACAAGACAAAGAACCCGCAUUGGUGGUAGGGUUUUGGAACAACGGCGCUAUCUCUCGAUCGAUCGCUCGCUCCGUCGCGGCGCGCGCUACCGGCGAUCAGCGUUAUAUGCUUGCAGCGAGAUUCUGGGCUCCGGCAGCAGGAUUUUCUCGAAAUCCCGACUUGCGAGCGCUGAAAUCGACGACGAUGGUGGCCACUGCGACGCACCAGGAUUCCCCUCUCCUCUUUCGACAGCUCUUCGAGAAGGACUCGUGUACUUACACGUAUUUGCUUGCGGACAUUGGGCAUCCAGAAAAGCCAGCAGUGCUGAUAGAUCCCGUGGACAAGACCGUCGAUAGAGAUGUAAACUUGAUCAAGGAACUUGGGCUAAAGCUCAAGUACGCGAUGAACACUCACGUACACGCCGAUCAUGUCACUGGAACGGGUCUCCUGAAGAGUAAACUCCCGAGUGCAAAAUCCCUGAUAUCCAAGGCGAGCAAAGCACAAGCGGAUGUUUUCGUGGAGCCAGGAGAAAAGAUACACUUCGGGAACUUGUAUUUGGAGGUUCGUCCCACACCGGGACAUACCCAAGGAUGCGUCACAUAUGUGUCAGGAGAAGGUGAAGGGCAGCCAUCGCCACGAAUGGCUUUCACAGGAGACGCUUUGCUCGUUAGAGGGUGUGGCCGCACGGAUUUCCAGGGAGGUAAUGCAAGAGAGCUUUACAAGUCGGUUCAUUCUCAGAUUCUCUCGCUCCCGAAGGACACCUUAUUGUAUCCUGCACAUGACUAUAAAGGGAAUACUGUUACAACUGUGGGGGAAGAGCUGCUUCACAACACUCGACUUACGAAGGACGAGGAAGCAUUUGUAAAGAUUAUGGAAAAUUUGGGACUGCCUUAUCCCAAGAUGAUCGAUGUAGCCGUUCCAGCAAACAUGGUCUGUGGCCUUCAGGAAGCGAAUGCCGCGACAGCUUGAUACCACGUCAAAAAUCCUCGGAGAAGUCCAACACCAUAAACACAUACAUACACUCCCAGUAAAUUUCUGUCGUCGAUUUCUGUGCUAACAAUUCCGUUUAUAAACAGUGCAAGGCAAUGAAAGUGAUCCAUUCUCACUCUU